AUGGUCAACGACGCCAUGAACCUCGCACCGUACCUCGACAUGAUCGCGCCCUGCCUCCAGAUGCAGCUUCUUGAAUUGAUUCCCGAGGUCCGCACCGUCGUGUUCAAGGCGCUGGGUAUGCUCGUUAAGGGCCUCGGCCAGAGCCACUUCCCGCGUCUCAUGCCGUCGCUGCUGCAAGCCAUCAAAUCGGAAUUGUCGUCGGUCGAGCGGUCGAGUUCGGCCAAGGGUCUCUGCGAGGUGCUCGAGCACCUUGGCCCGGACGCGCCUGAUCUCGAGAGUCUCUCCAACGAGUCAGACGGUGUCCGCGACGUUGCCAUGCACGCUGGCUCGAUCGUCGUCAAUGCGCAUGCGCUUUCCAACACAAAAGCCAACUUGCCUGCGCUGGAGGCCGGUAUCUUCGAUGACAACUGGCGCAUUCGUGAGUCGUCGAUCUCGCUCUUUGGCAACUUGGUGUACUGCGUCAUGCCCGAAGUCGGCCCGAUCCUGCGCGCGGGCCUCGAUCCGAUGGACCCGCCGGCAUGCGCCAGGGCUACUGCUUGGGUCUUGCCGAGGGUGCUCAAGGUAAAAUCGCGCGAAGUGCUUCCGUACCUCGCACCGCGCCUGCUCACGACGCCAACGGCCUUGCCAACGUCCAAGCGAUCGUGUCCGUCUCGAGCGCAGUGCUGCAUUGCGACAUGGACCGCCUCGGCAAACCAGCACGGUCCAUCUCUCUCCAUCACUAGCGACUUGUAG